AUGAACAGUAAACUGCGUACAGCGAUUGUAACUCUCUGCGUCUUCCUAAGCUUGCACCUUCAAAACGUGUUCUCAGAUGGCGUGAACGUCAAUCCGUCGAGCUACCUUGCACCUCAGGUGAAGGUGCCGAACUACCACGUGAACGACAUUUGGAAGGCGCAUACGCACUUGCCGAACUACCCGGAAAUCGAGGCCGCUGCUAGGGACACUUUCGUCGCCCUCCCGUCGAGCUAUGACACAAAAUAUCGGAACCCCUGCUGGACACAAGAUGGCACGUUCAAGUGCUUACCGUAUUCCAAAUAG